AUGUGGCUUCACAAUAAUGUUUGGGUUGCUUCUAAGCAAUCAAAUGGGCAAGUCUCCGUUCUCAAUUCACAGUAUCAAGUAUCAGGGGAUGCAACACUUAGAAUAUCCAAUGUUCAGACAAAGGACAACGGUGAUUUUGAUUGUCAAGUGAUUUUCACUUCUGGUGUCCCUCCUGUGAUUCAGGAUACUGCUGAACUAGUUGUUGUUGGUAAGUUCCUCAACUAAGUUAAAUUACUAUUAAUAUUGGUGGCACAAAUAUUUCUUAGUUUUGAUGUUUUUUAACUAAAGCUGGUGACACACUUGGUGAUUUUUUCCACAGAUUGCAAGCAGCCAAUUUGAUCACCAGCAAAAAUCAUUGAUAUCUGACAUGCCAGAUAUCAGCAAUCCUACAUGCCUAUCAUAGCAAUCCAUGGAAAUUGCCAUUGUUGCCUCAAGCACACCCAGUGAUUUUUGCUGAUCACUGCAUUGGGAAUAUAGAAAUUGUCAAGUGUGUCAAAGCUUAAGGAUAGAUUUGAACCCUAGUACUGAAACUCUUCUAUCUGGUAAUUCAAAAAAUAUUUUAGUAUACUGUAGUAAUUCCUUGAUUAUCUAACCUUUAUGUUAAUAAAAAUUCAUUGUUUUACAUAGUGAGCCCAACAAUUACACUCAAAACUACAACAGCUCCAACUUUGGAUGAAGGUGCCACAAGAACAUUGUUUUGUGUGGCCAGUGGCAACCCCAAACCCACUUACAGGUGGUAUAAAGAUAGUGUAAAGAUUCAGGAAGAUCCAAACAACUCCAACUACACAAUAACAUCAGCCAGCAGGAAUGAUGCAGGGACGUACAGAUGUGAAGCAGUCAUUAAUGUUCCAACUCUUGGCCAGUACAGUGACUCUUACACUGUUCAGGUUACAGUUAGAUGUAAGUCAACUCACAAUACCUACUUUUAUUCUUUUCCCUGGAUAGUUUAUUUCAUACAUUUUGUUUACUAUUAUGAUACUGACAAUGUUAAAUAGAUGGGUAGUAAGACUGAGGAAAUUACCAGCUUACAAGGUAUCAUGGACAAAUUGAUAGAAAUGCCCAACAAAGAAACGUGUGAUAAACUGCUAAGAAAAAAAGUCACAGCUGAGCACAACAGUUGAUAGGUGAUGCAAUUACACAAUCUCCCUCAUGGCCUAAAAAAGAGAAGCAGUAUGCAGUUCAAACAUCACGAUCCACGAGCAUAGUGACCACAUUGUGAGACAAACAAUCACAUGUGUACUUAUCUUUUGAAAAUGUACAUGUAUAUCCAAGACUGAAUGCAAUAAAUAUUGGACGACAUACAUGUACAGUUGAUAUACAUUAUUUAGAGGGGAUCAGGGACAAAUUCUCAGAUUGAAAUGGCCAACAAAGACAUGCAUGAAUAGUAACAUGUAGAAGAGGUUUUGAACUUUCAGAACUCUGUUUCUUGUGAGUCCAGGAUUGAAUUCAAGUUCACCUAAUUUCUUUUUUUGGUGUGUUCUGUAAUUUCAAAACCAACCACAUUUUCACAAUACUUCAGUUAAAAGUCAAAAUGAUGUGGUUCUUUAGUUGAAUUUUUAUCUAUGAGGACAUUUUAUGAUACCUGUUAUACAAAGAAUGAAUGUCGUUGACAGUCAGCCCUGAACAUUAUCUCCCAGGACAUCUGUUAAAACAUUUUCUUCAUGUUCAUGGGAUCAUUUUGUCAAUUGUUCAUGUUAAGGUAAUUUUGAGAAAGAUUGAAAAUUGUUGUGACUAUUCCUGUUUAUGAACCCUUCAACUCCCAGAUCAAAUUUGUAAUUCUCCUUACUGUCAACCAUACAAUUCUUAAAAAGUUAGUUCAGAGAAUUUAGUAUUGGAUCAACUAAUUAUCUCCAAAUUGAUAUUUUUCUUUAUUCUCAUGAUUUAUUUGGUUUAUAUUUUAUUGAUAUUCUAAGGAGAAAUUCUGUCUUGGUCACUCAUGGGAGUUAAAGGGGUAAAUAACUGAGAUAUAAGUGCUGAUUGAUUGGGAAAAAAACUAUGAUUACUGCACCCUUAAACCCAUAGAAAAUUGAAAUGUUUUAACUUCAUUUUGUGAAAGCAGUUUAUCUAAUUUUCUACUGAUUUACUGGGUGUAAUAACCCACUUGAGAUGUUGGAAGAACACAAGAAAAGUUUGUAAGACUCUCACCUUUAGUUUGUGGUUGAUAAACAAUUCUCAUGAUUUUGUUACAUUCUGCAUGGGUUAUUAGGCUGGGAAACCAAUAGAAAGUCCAGUCUAUAACAGAAGUAUACAUUUAGUGCUGUAAAGUGUACUGUAGCUCUAUCACGUAAUCCUUAUGUAAGCCAAUGAUAAAGAUUUCCUUUAAUGUUUUCAUAUUUUUAUCUUACAGUCCGUCCUGUGCACAAAACAAACAGUUUGAGCAGUAAUCAAACUGUCGUAGAAGGUCGUACUACCACAUUUCUGUGUAUCACAGAAGCAUUUCCCAUUGCAACCACAUACAAAUGGUUUAAGGAUGGCAAUGAGAUAUCCAAUUCACAAGAUUUUGAAACUUUGAAAAUUAGCGAUACAGAAAGCAGACUGACGAUCAAGAAUGCUAAGAAGGGAAGUGCUGGGCAAUACUCGUGUGAUGGUACAAAUGCAGUAGGAACUGGAGAUAGAAAAUCUGCUUUCUUAUUGGUCAACUGUAAGUUAUGUUAUUUGUCAUGAACUGGACCAUGUUGUAAAUUUGUGAAAUAUGUUUGCUGAAUUUGCUAUCUUGUGCAAGUCAUGAUACUGGUUUAAUUAAAAUUUGAUGCCAAUGGGUGCUCUAGAGUAGCAGGCAGAGAAGGUCUGGAGAGCCUCUUGUUGCCAAGGGGGUCUGGGCUCCCUAGGAAAAUUUGGGGGUGAAGGCCCCUGCAGUUUCAUUUUCUUGCAUUUUUAGGUUUGAUCCAAUUUACCACUGACAGUGAUUAUAUUUAGUGCCCUCCUUCCAAUAAGCGCCCCCUCUGUACUAAGCCUAAUUUUUUUUUUUUUGGCAAUAAGUACCACUAUUCUAAUCAGUGCCCAUUUUGAGUUAGUACCCUCAAUCCAGUGAGGACCUCCUUAUGAAAAACUCCCCUAUUCCAAUAAGUGCUAAGUGCCCCUAUUCUGUUUCAAUGACAGCAAUGUUAAAUUACAUGUGAAUUGAGAUCGACCAUGCUUCAUUUUCCUUAAAUUGCUUACGUAAAGUUUCAUUACAAAAACAUUGGUCAUCUACUCAGUCUCUCAACUAUUAUGUCCAUGUGAGUACACUGUUGUUCAAAGUAAUGAGGCUGUCUCAAAAUUUCUCAGAGAUUGCAUGGCUGGUUGUUCUGGCCAGGAAGGAUCCAAGGAAACAAGCACAUUUUUUUCUUGUGUUGUUGAUCCCCCUGAAAUAAAUAUCACAGUUUUGUUUGGCACACUAUGUUGUUGUUCCUCAAAAGAGAAAUAAGCACCUUUUUUCUUAUAAGCACUCUGUUCUGAAUAAGCAUCCUCCCUAGAGGUAAUAAAAGUAAAAAGCACCGCAGGUGCAAAAUCAAACCAUUAUGGUAUGUUGCAAUGUGCCUAGAUAUGAGUUAAUUUGAAGAUAAUUACUGUACCUGUACAUGUAUAUUAGGAGGACAACUUACAAAUUUGUGUGAAGGCCACAAGCAGGUAGCUACAUGUAGCGCAUUAUAUUUGGGUAGGUCCACCCAUUGCCCUGUUACUUUCGAAACCUUUGCAUGAGAUGUUCAGAAGCAUUUCUGGGUUGCUGCAUGCUAUAUUGUGUCUUUUGUUCUCUGUAAGGAUAGACUGGUACACUGACAGGUGUAAGCUCAUACUGCCUCUUUUUCAUCCUAGAUGCACCUCAGCAAGUCACAGUGAAUCCAAAUCCAGCAGUUGUGGAACUUGGUCAAAGCUUAACCCUCACAUGCCAGGCUGAUGGAUUUCCAAAACCCUCCUACUCAUGGAAGUUUAAUGGAGGAGCAAUUGGAGACUCACAAAACACUUUGCAACUUGCAAGUGCCCAAGUGUUGAAUGCAGGGAACUAUACAUGUGUGGCAACAAAUACGUUUGGUAGUGCUCAGGAAACGAGGCUGGUAAAUGUGAGAUGUAAGUUCAGUACCAUGAAGAACUUUUGAAGUUUGAAACAGACUUUCAUAAGAUGCAGGUUAAAUUUAUUUCAAACUAGAGUGAUGCAGUGACAAAUUUUAAAAUCAUGUUGACCUGAAAGUCAUUUGAGAUGACAAUUUAUAAAUUCACAUUUUACACCCUGUUAACGUCAGUAUAUAUAUUCUCCAUACUGUUCUAUAUACAUUUCUUAAGGUUUUGAUAAGGAGAGUUUGUCAAACAAUCAAGAGGUUCUUUAGUUGGUGAUCAUUUCCUUUCUUCUUGAGACCUUAAUGUUUGACUCAGGGGUGACAUAAGAGCUAGUCACUCUUAGGGGUGAAAGGAUGAAGGUUACUCGUUACUUCUCUUGGUAAUUCAUUAACUAGAUGAUAUCUUUCAUAGGCAUCGCUCUAGUGGAAAUAUCUUUCAUUUUGGUUGAAGCGUACACAUUCUAGAAAAAGUUAAAAUUUAUCAAGUUGGUCAGGGGAUAAAGUGGCGUAACAGGUGUCUGAUUACAACAUGCAAUUUAAGAAUGAUUCUGAGCUUCUCUUACUAAUUGACAGAUAAACCAACUGUUACAACCUUUACAACUGGGAAUCCUGACAAUAAUGCUGUGCAAGGAACAAGUGUAACUCUUACUUGCACUGCAAAUGGCUAUCCUGCUCCAACUUACACCAUCCAACGUACAACACCAUCGGGUACAACACCACUGGCUGGCACCUCAGGGGGAAGAUACACAAUUCCUAAUGUACAGCUUACUGAGGAGGAUAACUCAUACAACUGUGUGCCAAGAAAUGCACUUGGAGAUGGGCCGUCAAAAUCAUUGACAGUCAAAGUAAUAGGUGAGAAAUACAUGUAGUGCUAGCAAAACACACAACCACCAUGGAUAAGUGAAGUAAAACCACAGUUUUUUAGAAGGAAAAAAACAACUUUCAAAAAUCGAUUUCUGUAAAAUGUUAUGUCAAAAAGUGCCAAACUUGUGUCAGUGAAAAACAGGAAAAUGUAAAGGUUACUUGUGUAUAUCCAGGGUCUUCCUUGACAACACUCACUGUGUUAUGAAGUGAAAGCAAAAUGUUUACUAGGUCUGUACAAAAAGCGAAAGAUAAAUAGAAAGGUCAGGCUUCAGAAAUUUAGCCAGACUAUUCUGGGUAUAAUGUGUAGCUUUCUGUGAUUUUAUCCAUUGCCAAAUGAACACCCCAUGCACAUUUUCCUGGCAAUUGAUCUUUGUUUCCAGUAUAACUUAUGAAGUGAGGCCAUGAUUUAAUCUUGUGCAAAAUUAAUUUUUUUCUGCAAUUGAUCUCCCAUGUUAAAGCUGUUGUUCGCCUAAUUCCACAGCCAGAAAUAUAUGUAGCUUUGUAUUUAAAGUUCUUUUACUUUUUUUGUAUUACAAAUCUAUGAACUGAGGCCAUGAUUUUAUCUUUUGCAAAAUUAAUUUAAUUAACACAUUUUGCCUGUCUUUAUUUUACAGUGCCACCUUCAUUCCAGAGUAAUUUGCCAAACAAACAAACAAAGACUGAAAAUGAAACUGUGAACUACGCAUGCACAGUUCAAGCCAAACCUUAUGCUCAAAUUGUUUGGAAGCUGGGUGAAAAAAAUCUGACUGGCACACCAUACAAUAUCACAACUGAAGUUGCACCAGUUCAAAAUUCUAAACUUUUGAGAACUCUUUCUUAUCUGACUAUUGAUAAAGUAACCUGGCAGCAGAAUGGGACUUUCUCUUGUGUGGCUUUCAACAGUGCUGGUCAGAGGAGGCAAACCACAGAUCUUGAAGUGCGCUGUAAGUAUUUUAUCAAAUGAAUAGGGAUUUUUGUCAGGAUAGCAACCAUCCUUUUUUUCUCACAAGAUGAUGGAAAAUGCUGAGUUUGGUCUUAAUGCAAUGCCAUGUAUGGCCUCAGAACCCAAUUCUCUGCUACAAUCUCUUGCGCCUUAUUCGUAUAAUUGAGGGCAAUUAGCACAGUAAAAUCACUGUAUGUGUACAUUACAUGGUAGUGUUAAAUUAAAACUCUUAUAGACUGGUUGCAAAAUUGUUGCUAUCACUCUGUGAAUUAUGCUUUUAGAAGUCAGAGUAUUUCCCAAUUCUUUUAAAUACUGUUAGUACAUGCUCGCCCUUAUAGAAGUAGGUGACAUGUGCAAUGGCCUUACAGUCAACUCUCUGGAAUCUGCCUCAAAAGCUCCUGGCUUGAGCCUGACGUGGGUCACUAUGUUAUGUUCUUAGGCAGGACACUUUACUCUUGCAGAUCCUCUUUCUACCCAAGAGUAUAAAUGGGUAUCAGUGGGAAGCCCAAUGAAAUGCAGGGGGUGAUCUUGAGUUGGAAUAGCAUCUCAAUUAGGGGGAGGGACAAUUUUGUGAGCUGCGUCAUGUUACAGAACUGGGAGAAGCUCUAACUAAAUGGGCCACAUGACUCAAUCACAUUCCAGGGUCUAACUUGUAAUGCUGGUAUUGACAGAGUGCUGAGUCCAAAUUUUAUGCCCCUGCUUUGUGUAGCUGUCUAAUUUUCGUUUGAAUUUGAAAGUGAUUUGUGCUAGAUUUGAUUAUUAUUUAUUGCCAAUUUAACUUGGGUCACUGAUGUAUGAAAGUAAGUAACCUCGGCAUUUUUCUUUGUGUAUCAGACUAUUGCAUCAAUUUACUUUUGAGAUAGAGUUUCAAUGAUGUUUUUUUAAAUCUUCAGAUCGACCAGUUGUUCAGUCUGAUGCUGAUCAUCCGAAAAACCUCACACUGUCUGAGGGACAAGAAGCAACCUUCUCUUGUAAAACCAUCGGCAAUCCGCCCACCCUUUCACAAAAGUGGCAGUUCAAUGGAGUUGACAUACCUGGAGAAAGUUGCAGUGCCUGCGUAACAACAACUUUCACAAAGGCUUCAGUGACUCAGGCUGAUGCAGGAUGGUAUUCCUGUGCUGGAACCAACUCUCUAGGAGAAGGACCUCCUGCCAGAGCACAAUUACUUAUUAAGCGUAUGUUAUAUUUAUUUUUUCAGAGUGCUUUUCAAUUGCGUGUUGCAAAACCUAAACCAUAGUAAUUUCAAUGGCCAAUCAGACGUAAGGAAAAUACUUUUCACCCUUUAACUCCCAUGAGUGAUCAAGACAGAAUAUCUCCUUACAAUAUCAAUACAAUAUCAAGCAGACAAAUGAUGAGAAUAGAGAAAAAUAACAAUCAGGGGAGUUUUAGUUGAUCUAAUACCGAAUUCUCUCAACUAAGAUCAUAAGAAUUGCAUAGCAGACAGUAAGGAGAAUUGCCAAUGAGAACUUAUUAUAAGAGUUAAUGGAUUGAGUGCUAAUAAGAACUAAAAAUAACCAAACCGCCUAAAGCGCGGGAAAACGUGGGCGACCAAUUCGUGAUUGGUUUUGGUGUUGUAUCUGAUUGGUUCAGAGAGUGACACGAGUUUUUUCUGUACCAAUCACAAAGCAAGUUAAAGAAAAAGCAAAGCAAUCUCUGAUUUGUUGCGCAUUUCAUGGAAAAUUGUUUUAAUAGCCUCAUCACUAGUGGUAAUUUUUAUUUGUCACUUAUCUCUCUUAUUUUGUUGUUGUUUUACAAAAGAUCCACCAACAAUCACCUUCUAUCAAAGUGCAUUCACAGUUAAUGAAACAAACAAUGUUACGAUGAUAUGUCGUGCAAAGGGAGUGCCGCAGCCAACAAUUACCUGGACAAAGAUAGGAGGUGAUAAAUUAGAUUGCUCAGGUGAGCAGUGCACCAUACGCAACACUAGUGGCAAGAAUGAUGGAACCUACAGAUGUGUGGCUAGAAAUGAACUUGGCGAAGUUUCGGAAGGAAUCACGCUUAAUGUUCAGAGUAAGUUCUCGUACUCGUUAGAUGUUUUAAUAGUGUUUCCAUUUGAUCUUUGGCAGCAGUGGAUGUAUCAUUAAAUCCAGUUAACAGUGUCUUGUGUUUGAAACUAGGGAAUCCAAUUUCAGUGAAAUUAUUAGCCGACGAGCAGGUUUUCGUCAUUGGUUCUGCUGUAGGAGCCGGUUUUUCGCCUGCAAAUAAGUUUGAUGCUUUGGGCAACACUAGCCGGUAACAGGCCUGUAAGUGGUUUGUCAGAUUCCUUGCAGACCGCUGGCCUUCUUGCGUUGCUUUCGGCAAAGAAGCGAGUGUGCAGGCUAAAAUAUUGUUUGUCAAAAAACCCUCAAAGGUCGCAUGGUUGCGAAAAUUGAUUGUAAAUCACCAGAAAGCAGAAACAAUUGAUCAAUCAGAAAAAUGCUUUACACAGUUUGGAUAAACUAGAGAAUAACUUCUUUCUAACAGCACGUCCGAUCAUUGUCACAUCCACCCCUACAAGCACCCAAAUACCUGGUAAUGAAGGCGAGCAAGUCGAUUUAACUUGUAUCGUCAGCGGCAAACCUCCACCGUCGUUGUCAUGGAAACGUCAACUUAAUGGACAAGAUCUGAGCUCAUUGAGCGAUAAAGUGAAAAGUAUCACAAAGGAGAGAGACACCAGUGUAUUGAAGGUUGCAGUCAGUGCAAUAGGGGAACAUUUCUAUUGCGUCGCUGUAAAUCUUCUGGGAAGUGACAACCAGCAAUACACCAUAAGGAAAAGAGGUCAGUAGGACUCUAAGCUUAACUUUUUUUUUCUAAUUGUCUGUGUGAUCAUCAGAUUGUAGUCUCAAGAAGGAAAAGAAAAUUGGCGACCAUCAAUCUUUGAGGUUUGCGUAACGUUUCAUGGUGUGAUACCAGGAAAACUAGGAAGAAAUUGGCCGAAGUAUACAAAAUGUCUGUGUUUACAAAUGUGAAUCCCACCUUUAGAUUAUCAGCAGCAAGUAUUAAAAAAAAACAUAUCGUUAGUUAAUUAAAAAAAAAAAAAAUGUAAAAAAUUGAAAAAUUAAUUUGAGGAUCCUUAGAGGUCUUAGUCUGCAAGGGUCUUUGGCAGGCGUUAAACAAUCGUCGGACAUUGGUUAAGAUCCAGGGAGGUUUUUCACUAGAGUGUGAUGCAGCACUUUGAAGACAGCAAAUCACCACCCCAGCCAUCCAUCGCCAGUGAAGGAGAAUUUCAAGUGUAAACUAAGUGGGACUCUUGCUUACAAGCGGUCUAAUGAAUGGAUUUUCACCACCCUAAAAUAUCUUUUAAAACUGAAACAGAGUCACUUUCUUGGCAGGGAUUCCAGAUAAACCAAUUAAUGUGGACGUGAAGUCGUUUCAAGACCAAAAUUCGAAAACUGUAAGCGUUAAUGUGAGCUGGACACCUGGAUACAGUGGAGGAUAUGAUCAAGAGUUCACAAUCCAUUAUCGCGUCAAACAAAGCAACCGAGACUUUGUGGAACAGUUUGUUGGUCACCCAGAUAACAACAUGCACACUAUACCAGGACUUUACCCGGAAACAGUGUAUGAAUUCACCGUUCAAGCUUCUAAUAAACUUGGCCAAAGCCAACCGUCAGACCCAAAGGAGUAUAAAACAGCAGGUAACAAAAAAAAAUAUAUGAAAAAAGUAAAUCAUAGAAUGUUUGGCAAUGUUAUGAAAUAUUACGUGAUGGCAAUGACUGCUGUUCUUAUCGUUUUUCGUUUGUUCGUUUUUAGAGUCCCAGAUACCUCCGGACAGAGGAACUGGUAUGUUUGGAAAAUAUUUUUUAGCAUUAGCGAUUGUAAUCUGAAAUUGUACGUCUAAAGGUUUAAAAAUUUGGUCGUUUUAUGGCUAACUGUUGACGCCAUUGACACCUUCCUGCUACAGCUAGCAGGGAAACUUGGCUUGCAUGUAGACCAUUUACGCCUUCAUAGCUCAUAGUAGAAUUUUCCUUACCUUGCAGGGGGGGAGGGAGGAUAUAGCUACACGUUAGCUAAAUUAUCCUUCUUUUGUCCUUUCUUUCAGUCAAAGCUUUGAGAGCAUCAGACGACGCCUCUGUCAUACUGGUGGAAUGGACGAUAGCAGAUGACCAAGUAACAAUUGCGACUCUUGAGAUUCAGCAGGGAGGAGAGGGCUCGUGGGAGCUUGUCAAGGGAGCCUUUCAGCUGAACAGAUCUGUAUCAGAGUUUAAAGUGAGCGAUCUGAAAGCUGACAGUUCAUACAGAUUUAGAAUGGAUAUGAGACGACCAGGGGAGUCUUCUCCGGCGUAUGUGUAUAGUGAUAUAGGUACGUGGUAUAAUUUGAUUAACGUGCGAGCAGGUCCUCAUUAUGAGAGCUGCAGAACGCGCGUUUCUCCGCCCUCGGGAAGACUGGAAACGAGUCGGGGAGAGGUAACACCAGCUCUGACUAGAAGGCUUCUUUUGAAUUAGAAGCCGGCUUAAAAUAUCAGUCAUGCCAGCCCGUAAAUCACAAUGUUCCUAUGGGUUCUGGAAAACCUGGAAAGUCCUUACAUUUUAUUGUAACAUUUUCCAGGGCUAGAAAGUCUUGGAAAAAGACUACAGAUCCUGGAAAGUCCUGGAAAUCUGCUUAACUCAGGCAGUAAAGUUUUCAGAAUUCACGUUGUAGGGAAUAUGUAAAGACCGUAAGGGUAAUUGAUUCGGAAAUCUUGGGAAUGAAAGAGUUAAAGGUGAAAUUUGGAAUAAAAAAUAAAUCUGAGUUCUGGAAAAGUCGUUGAAGUUUGUUUCUCAAAAAGGUACAAACCGUGAGUUACUCUUUGCGCGAGGAUUGCAUGCGAUUUACUAUACACGUUCUGUCCUCAAGGAAGAUUUUUUUAUGCGUUUUUCAAUGUUUUUUUAGUUCCGGCUGGCCCUCUUCCAGGAGCAAGAAAUGAUGGUGAACCGUUAAAGGACUGGAUGAUUGCUGUUAUUGUUUUAGUUGCUGGUCUUCUUCUCUUGGCCAUUGUCGUCCUUGCAUUGUGUUGCUUUAAGCGUCGGAAGAAGGAACACGGGGGUAAGUAUAAGACUGUGUGGACAGUGGUUAUACAAGAAAAAAAAUUGGAUACAAGUGGGUAUUUCGAAUGGUAGGCGGGUAGUUUUGAGCGCCUGGAGGGCUUCCUCUUCCGAGGGAGAUCUGGGCUCCCUUGGGAAAUUUUGAAGGUUAAGACUGUUUCAGUGGUAUUUUCCUGCAUUAUAAGGUUUAUUCUAGUUUGUUACUUCGUAUUUCGUAAAUGUCAACCAAUUUGACGAGAAUUUACAAUUACCUUAAGCUCGCGGUUGAAUGACGCUUAUUAAAAGGCCACGAGCGGGUAGCCAAUGAGUAGAUGUACCCGCUACCCAGCUGUUAUUGCAACUCCUUAACAAGCUUUAUGUACGAAUUUUUAUCCAAAAGCAACUACACGGUCUGUUUGUGGCAUCAGAAGGUUUAUGGGACCACACUCUGUGAGGCUCCAUUUACAAGUUAUUUACUCUAAUAUUUUCAAGAACGUAUAUGAAACUCUCUAUUGAAAUGAUAAAAUGUAAUUUGAUUAAUUUUUCCUUUCUCUCUUUCUGUUGCAGCUAAUAAUGUUCCCAUGUCUCAAACUACAAAGUAAGAGGGCUCUUCCAAUAUUUAUGUAUUUGAAUAUUUGAUUGAUAAAUCUUAAAGUUUUUUUUCCGUCGGAGGAACGCUUGAUCAGUUCUAUUACACGCGUUUAAUUUUGCGACCGCACACGUGGUACUAUACGCACUUGAAACGCGUGUUAUUCCCACGCACGAAGUACACGCGCUUUACAGGUAUAUAGGUGCUGUAGUACACAUGGAGGAUGGAAUAAGCCCCUGAUGAGGGUUCGAAUCGCCGUCAGUUACUUUAGGUAGGCUGACAAAUGCUCUCCCUACAUUGAACUGAGCUCGUGAACCAGAUUUAUAUGAGGCGGGUGUUGUGUCUAUUGUUAGGAUCAGCUAUGUCCAUGAGCGUUCUGUGUCGAAAACGAUAUUGAAUUUGCUCUCUUGCAAGCUUUGAACAAAAGGCUUUGUUUAAUCAUAAAGUUUUAAAGCAAAACACACACAUACGUGCCUGAUUACUUAUACCGAAAAAGUUGACACAUGUUAGAACUGUUGUGGCAAUGUUCUCACGCCAAGUGUGUCAUCUUUACCUUACUCAGCUAUGUUGUGGGUGGCCCCGAUGUGACACGUGUCCUGGAAAACAGGCGUAGCUACGGUAUGGAGUCGGUGGAAGAUGAUCCGUUCCUCGCAGCUGCGUCAAUGCAGUCUGUGAACUCAACCGAGGCAAAAAGAAAAACCAGACUCCAGUCAGGGUGUAAACUUUGGAUACCUGUCACAAGGUAAAGGCUUCUAAUAGCUUGUGUGCUUUCGACUUUAUGUGCACAGAUGUGCAGCUAUUUUCUUUUUUCAUUCGCACAUAAGAAACAUAUUUACAGUAAACUGACGAUCAGUCCUUUCUGUUCGGCAAAGUCGGUCGCCAAAAAAAAAGGAAAAAAGUGAAAAGAACAUCCAUGAAAGAAAAAUUGAUGGAAAGAAAAUUGAUGGUAACGCGCUGUACCUUGUGCGACGAACUUCGCUGACUAUCCACAGCUAAGCUGCUCGGGAAAAGUACACGAUUCAUGCAACCAAACAACGAAAAAAAAGUUUUGAAUAAAAGUUCAUUUCUUCUGUUAGAUUCUGUUCGACAGCAGCCUGAAAUGUUACUCAAUCCAGGCUCCCGCAUGGUGAGAAACGGCCGUUUGGCGCAAAGCACUGGUGAACUGGAUGCGAACUCAGCAUACUCGGCUAGGGGACCCCAGAGAGAUUUCAGCACACUGCCUCCGUACCAUGAACCACCUUCGUUUGAAGAGGCAAUGCGGCAGUCAGGAAGGAAACCCAAAACCAGGAAGUCAACAGGGGACCUCACAGGACCAGGGCAGGGAAGACAUUCAGGCCGCCGACCAAGACAAGCUCGACCAGCUGAUGAGCCCACAGACUCGAGUGAUGGAGAACAACGGUUUACGCCUCAGAGGUCUGCACCCCCUCCCCCGAGAGUAAGGUUAGUGCUUGAUUCAAGUCAAUUUUUUUCAGUUAUUCGUUGGAAUCGCAAAACGUGUUGAGUAAAUUUGUGUAUGUGGUUUUUCUUGGCGGAGGUAAAAAUUUGUCCUUUUUUUUUUUUUUUUUUGAAGCGUAGUUCUUCGUUAGGUUGACUUUAAAGUGCUCUCUAUUUUUCGGAACCAAAAGGAAGGAACAGGGAUGAAUUCAGGAAUUUUUUGUAGGGCUGGUCUAAACUUUGAUUCAGCGAAUACAGGAAUUUCUUUUCUUUACACCAGAGCCUAAAAAUGCCACACGAGACUAGAAAGUUUUAAAUACUUUAGGUUCGGUACGUAGUAAUAUACGGUCUUGUCAUUGUCUAAAGUUUGAUGUUAGAGAAUUGCUCAGGGUUUAGCUUAGGAUUAGGAUCCGUGAAAGGGUCUGGGUCUUAGGUGAACCGAUGUCGAUUGGUAAGGUUCUUUAUACUUGGUUAAGAAGCCGCAGAAAAUUUAUUUUUAGGUAUAUGCCCUCACCUUUCAGAAUUACUCAAUGAAAUGUUACCCCUUUUGUUCGUAAAAUAUUUUGCAUCAUUUUAAUUUUUGUUCUUUACUAUUUGAUUUGGUUUGGUCAACAGACAUGUAGAAUCCAUUGAAGAGCCAGGUUACGCCGCAGUGGACCGGGACGGACGUGUUAUGGGGCCGAGGGUGUUGCCAAUGGGGGCUAACCCGAGUGGUCGUCCUGCAAAUGGGCCCCUUGAUCCUACGGUGCCAUAUGCUUUGCCACAGAAGAGACCCAAACCUAAGAGACCUCGCCGUGAACCAAAUGAGCCAGCGAUUGGUAGGAGGUUUUUUUUUAACAAAAUAACAUGAUUAUCAAACUUAUCAGCUUGCGGAAUAACAAUAUCAGUAAAAAAAACUACCAAGUAUCGUGGGUUUACAGAAAUAUUAUUUCAAAAGUUUUGUGAGAAAUAAUCUGCUGAUUAACACUUAAACGUUUCGCAUGUGGUAAUGUAUAAAUGACUCACCUUAAUUCAGUUGGGCGGAUAACUACUCUUUUGAUUGAAAAACAAACUUAUUGGGGGAAGCCUUUAACCAUGUUUCAUUAAUGUACUACAAUUCAAUUAACACGAAACGACUCUGUGAUUAUCAUUAAUAGUAAUUCGCUUAACUCUAAGGUUUAAUUUUUUCCACUUGCACUUCUGGGACAAAAAAAUUUCUUUAAAAUUGUAAUAGCCGUAAUAACAAUUUGCUCGCACGUUUCGCCACCUUAAAGUAGAGUGUAAGAUGCUAAACUAACGCUGUUAAAGUAAAUCGAAAAUUUUUGUUGACGAUUGGCACCUUCAUUGUAAAACUCAGGAAAAGCAUAUUACGUGAUACAGCUCCUUCGGAAUGUGACAUCAUCGGUCUAUCUUCAUGAAAUACCCGGACAGUUUCCGAGUGUUAUGAGCCAAUUAGAGAUUAGUGCCAGCUCUUCGAUGAUGGUACUUUUAAUCAGCGUAAUAUAACGUUUUAACACUCACUUAAACCUUUAGUAAAACUAUUUAAAAAUGUAAAAUUAAAUUUGAAAACAUGCUGUCGUUCAACAGAGAGGCUUCGCCCACCGCCACAGAUGUAUGGGCCUCCAUUCUGGGAAGACUCUUAUAAAGGAUGUUAGUACAAACUUAAAACAAUAACUUAACUUCUUAGUUACUUGUAUUUGAUAAGAUUCAUAAAUUCCUGAAAUCUUCAAGAAAAUGAAGGCAACUAAAUUCUUAAUUUUUUGUUUCAAGAUUUCUGGAAACUACGGGUUGACACACGCCCACGCAUCUUUUUCGUUUUCGAGAUGAACUGUCAUUCGUGAUAAAGAUAUUUUUGCUUAUGACAGAAGUGUUUGCAUUAAUGUUCAAACCUUGGUUUCUAGCUUUUACCCAGGUAAAGAAAAUCGUGCCUUUGAAGAGUGAGCGAAGAGCAGCAUAGAAAAACUGCGACAAAAUUCUCGAACAUGAGUACUAAGUAUUUCUCGUCAGACUGCAUUCUUCGUUCAGUUCUGAACAGAUGGUCUUGCCCUUGCCUUCAUGUGAGCCAGUUUCAAGCACGCGCUGAAAGUAAUCUUGGAGUGCGUUUAGUUACAGUACUAGUCACAGCUGCGGAAACAUUUCCCUCUCCUCCCUGACAACAACUCAGUAUUGGGGGGGGGGUGACAGGAUGUUUUGAAAAAGUUGAUGAGGGUUGUAAUUUUCAUUUUGCAGUCAGAUUCCAGAGUCUUACCUUCCCCACCCUCCUCAAUCAACAAGAUCUAAGACUGCUUCAGAUCACGAUUUGGUUGCUCGCGUUUGUCUCUUAAAGUGCUUUCACUUUAAGAUGUCACAGGGUCUUGCGAUGUUUUUCUUCGUUCUGAUUGGCCACUACUAUUGAAGGUAAUCGAAAUACGCUCUCAAGCUGAUAUAGUUUUCUUUUGUUCCAACCACACAGGGCCUCCCCCACAGUACACCCCUGAGGACAGAUCAUUCGAGGACCUCCCAGUGCAUGAUGGCGACGACUUAGAUUUGGAUGAUCCGUCCAAUCUUCCACCGAAUGAGGGGCCCCCGGACCUACCACCCCCUAUGGCUAUGUUGCCUAGCAACCGACCGAUUUCUAAUAAUUAUCAAAACUAUCCCGGUAAGGUUGUCGUCUCACAGCCGACUUUGAAUGAGUGGGAAUGGUACCGUGUAUUAUUUUAUAAGUAUUACAAAAUUGUUAUGAAUGAGAGAGAAUGAUACUGUGUAUUAUUUUAUAGGUAUUACAAAAUUGUUCUGAAUGAGUGGGAAUGAUACUGUGUAUUAUUUUAUAGGUAUUACAAAAUUGUUAUGACAUGGAUGAUAUCUUCCAAUACUGAUUUGAAUUAAAUAUGUAACUAACAGCAGCCAAGAAAACAAAAACAAAACAAAACAGUGCAGGAAAAUUUAGAUUGUAAAGUUAAAAAUGGAUUUAGAAUGUAACAUACAUAGCUUAUAGAUCUUGUGAAACUUUUCUCAAGUUUGUUUAAUAUUUUCCAUAUUUAACCCUUUGACCCCUGAAAGUGACCAGCCUUGUAAUAAUAAUAAUAAUAAUAAUAAUAAUAAUAGUAAUAAUAAUAAUAAUAAUAAUAGUAAUAGUAAUAGUAAUAGUAAUAGUAAUAAUAAUAAUAACAAUAACAAUAAUAAUAAUCGCCACAGCGGUUUUCAGAGGGGCCCCUGGACCCUGGACCCUUGUGUCCAUUUGGAGAUAAACGUUGCACGAUGUAAAGCGUUUCAAUCUUGAAUUGACUCGUCAUCGUUCACUCGGCCUGUUAAUUUCUAUUUUUGUUCGUCAUUUGGUUGUUGUUGUUUUACUGCUUUGUUUCUUUCCUAAUGGUGUUUUUUUUUAAUGUAGAUGAUGGCCUUCCAGAGCCGCCUAUGUUUUUACGCGACAUUGUUUAUCCACCAGACGGCCAGGAUCCUCGCUAUGACUCGGACGGACCUGCGCCUUACCAUCCACCUUCUUCACCGGGACGACAGAGACAGGUACAUACCGGGAGGGUCUGUGCAGGGUGAUAUUCUUCAGUUCUUAAAAAAACAACAACAACAAUUAACGAAGUUAUUUUAAAGAUCCUCUAAAACGAGAGUAUGAAAUGAUACCUCCACUACCCUUGAGUCUCAAGGGGUUUCUGCUUUGGUAAAACCGAACAUCGAUAGAUGUGGCCAGUGUGUGCAUUUCUUGGUUUUCACCUUAUUCAGGUCAUUUUCGAGCAGGUUAUUAAUUGAGUGUUGACUAAGCAAGUUGGAAUUGGUCAGUUUUUCAUUUGACUGGUUGAGACGGCAGCUCGACUUUUUUUGGACCAAUCACAGAGCGAAGUAAGGCAAAACCAAAGCAAUGUAGGUUCACUUUCGAUACUCAAUCGAAAACUGCUCUAUUCGUGUGGUUAAGCGUGUGUUGUUUUGUUGCUUUAUUCUCUCAGGAACUCUGCUUUGCGUGACAAAUAAUGCAAUGGGAAUCUAAAGGGAAAAAAAAGCAAGAUCAGUUAUGAGACUCAGCUUCAUAGAAGGCAGAAAAUUCACUCUUAUCACAAACAUUUUACGAGAGUUUUCUAAUACUUCCGUUACUUUUUCUUCUAUGUUAUAGCCGUACAUCAAUAUUCAUGGACAACUCGUUAGGCCUCCGUCGCAGGACUCAGACGGUUUCCGGAGACCCGAAUCUUUACGAUCGUCACGAAACACACUCACCCCGGAGCCCGAACUACCUCCAAAUCAAUGGCAACCGCGGGGAUCUGAGCCCGAGGAAAAAGCACCUGAGAUAAAUUACGUCAGUUAUUUGGUUUGAUGAAAAUGGGGUCGUCAUUGAAUACGCGCACACCCUCAAGGACUUCUGAGAGUGGAUUACGAAGAAGCCAAAUAGCGAUAUUCGCGUUGUAUUUUUGACAAGAGAAGAUUACCAAUAUGUAAAAAUUUGUUACAGAAUUUUCAAUAAGGAAAGACUUUUCCGGUCGAGCAAGAAAUGAAACGCGCGCUCGUCGGUGAGUUCACCAAAGGUUGGUGCUUCUUGCUGAGUUGUUCACUUUAGAUAGAAAAUGAAUUACAUUGAGAAAAAAAAAGAAUAAGCCCGGUAGUAUAUGUGCGACUGACAAGAAGUGAAACAAACGUUCUCGUGAGUGAACCAUGUCGAAAAAAUAGGGCAUAGAAGUUCCAAACCUUUUUUAACCUCGAAGGUUAUGCCUACACGAAACGAAGUAACGUUAAGUUUGGUACAGUUUAAUUCUGUUGGCCAAAAAUAGUUAAAAACAGAAAGAUAGCCUGCGAUCAGGCCCCUAUUAUUAGUACUGCAGGGUACACGUUUCUCCUCCCGCGAGAAGAUUUGUGAUCACUUGAGGAGAGGUUUGCUGGGGGUCUGGUGCUGGUAGACUUUUUGCCGACUCGUGUAGCUCAAGACCUCAUAAUUUAACGCGGGCUCGUGCUAAAACGUCAAUAAUAAGGGCCCCACUUAUAGGAGCCUGCUCGCAGACUAACAUAAAGACGAUGGUACUUCACGUACGUUGAGAUAAAAUCCAAUGGUCGCCCAUUUGAAUCUCAUCCAUAGUCGAACAAGAGAGCCACGCAACUUAUUUAAAACUGGAAAAUUCAGUCAUCGUCAUCCAGGUUUCAUAAGUCUUCCUAGUUUGCUAGAUAUGUUAAUGUAAAUAAAUUUUAAGAAUUCCUUGGCUGUUUCCAUUUACCAGUUAGGUCAAUGUUUCGCCUAUCAAAUGUAGAUUUACUUAAAGCAGUGCAUAUUUUAUAGGUAGUUAACAUUGUCACAUUUGUUCGUUCAUGUGCUCGCUGUUGAAUUCAGCGUUACGCUUAGUUUCAGUUCCAGUGUACUCUUGUCAAUAAUAACGGAGUCUGGGAACUGGACCAGUCUAAGACUCGUGUAUCUAGUGACAUAAAAAUUAUGGAGAAACUAGUUUCAGCUUUUUAAUUAUUUUGUAAAACAUGCGAAACAAAUAAAAGCUAAGUUUGGUUUAAUGGGGUUGUUAAUGGUUUGUAGUAAAGCUAGCCCUCUAAUUCAAUAGUGUAGUAUGAAUUCCAAGUUCCAGAAUAAACCUCAAAUAUUUUU